AUGCCAGUUGCAACUUUUGGAUCACUCAGCUUCCUGUUCACUGUCAAGACUCUCGUACCCAACUUUAGAAGGGAGAGGAGGCAAGGAACUACCCAAGAUUGGAAGCCACCAACAAGUAAAGAUGCAUACACAGUAGAAUCCAUCUCUCUAUACCGAUGGGCCGGUGGAAACGUGGAGCUGCUGGAGAAGAAUGUGAACAUGUCGAACCCUCCUACCUUAGCAGUGCCUGAUGGCAAGAAGCUCGAGGUCUUGAAUGCUGGCACCAUCUUCGUCCAGAAUCACCGCGCAGAUGUCCUCAACGCUAUGACGCGCGACGCAACGGAGACGAAUGCGACUGGCAAUAAUAUCUGGAGGCCAAUAUGCUUUGACAAGAUCAAGUUCAGGAACCUAGACAAUCAAUACUACUCCAGGAUUAGUCAAUAUGGAGGAAAAGCGAACCUGGCUGCGUCAGCCUCGAGCGGUUGGUUACCUGACCUGUUACCACAACAUUAUGAAUCUGAAGAACCGAACCGGAUCAACAAAGGCCUUGUCGGUCCUCUGCCAUUGCUCCUCUCCCUCGCCGUAUUGGCUGGUAAAAGUGAGCAUGUUGAGACGGUCCUGCCUUCUUGUGUCAAACCGCAUCAGUGGGUAGGCAAUAUCAGAUCUACCAAUGGUCGAAGUGAGAAAUUAGGUUUGUUGAUGCAACAAGCGCUAACGAGUUCCGCAGAACAAGAAUAUCGUGGCGCUGUUGUCACCGUGUACAAUGACCCCAAGAAUCCUGGGGGGUCCUCCAAGAUUCUGUUGGAGAAGCUCGAAGGAACUGAGUUCGGCGCAUUCUAUCGAUGA